AUGGCAGACGCUCUUACAGCCUCCAUCAGAUACGUCGAAAGGGACGACCAUCCCAACCCCGAUGAGAAGGGCUACAUCCUUCACUAUACAGCUCCACCGGGCUUCCCCCAAAACAAUUUCACUAUCAAAGCCCGCUCGGGAAUCAAAAUACACAACCUAAGAACGGCGGGGUUGAGCUGGUCGGAGCACGGUAUCACUAUGGCCACGAUAGAUAGCAGUCAGAUGAGGCCGGAGAACUUUGAUGACGACGAGUGGAUCGAAAAGGAAUUUCUCCCUGAGCUCCAUAGCUGCCUCUGCACGGCACUCGGUGCUGAGGAUGUGGUAGUUUUCGACUGGAUGCUGAGAAAGCGCGCGGCGUCCUUCCCGAGGAGAAAUCCCGGCGAGGAAAACGAUGAGGCGUCGCAGCCCUCAUUGUCCGCGCAUAUAGCGGCGGAACUCGAUGGGAGACUUGACAGGUACUUUGGGGAGGAUAGAGAGAAGCUUAUGAGCCGACGGUACCAGGUUAUCAAUAUAUGGAAACCACUCACUGGUCCCUGCCGCGACUUCCCCAUGGCUUACUGCGACCCGAAGAGUGUCGAUCGUGCUAAGGAUCUCUAUAUCGUCGACGAAGUCUUCCCCACCGUGGCCAAUGAAGUCUUCCAGGUCUACCACAGCCCGAAUCACAAGUGGUACUGGAUACCAGACCAGCUGGAUUCCGAAGUUGCCAUUUUUAAUGCGUAUGACUCGGAAAAGGGCCAAGAGCUCGCUGUGCCUCAUUGUGCCUUUGAUCUGGGCGAGGCUGGGUCGGGUAUUCCGAGGCGCAGUAUCGAGGUUCGAGCCUUUGUAUUUUACUAA